AUGACGUCGGCCGAUAUUAGAACUACAACUGACUCGGGCGACGGCGAAACAAAGUCGUCGGGCGGCAAAUUCGACGAAGCGAUGAAAAGCAUCGUCUGCCAGAGCGACGUCAAUUUGGAUUUGACGAAGAGAAUGGAUGAGCUGAGGCACUUCGUCCAGAGCGGCAAGUGCUCCAGAACGUACCGGAAGACGGAACGAGUCGAGGAUUACCGCUGCGGCUUGAACGCGACGGCUUCGGGGCGCCAGCCGGAAAGAGCUGGCAUCGCGCGAGAGCUCUAUAAAGCGAAGUACUCGAUAGCGGGCUUCGUCGCGCUGAGCGGCUUGACGGCGCUGGCGAGCGUAUGGCUGAUGAGGUGGCACGCCCAGGCGUACGCGUGCGCUUCGAUAUUCGCGGGCUGCGCGCUGGCCUUUCGCUGCAUCUACGAGAAGUGCGUGCUAGACGCCGAGAGCAAGACCAACGGCGUGCUGCUCGCCCUCUUCCUCGGCGUGGUCGCGCUCGUUCUCGUGGUCCUGCUGGCCAUAUACUUCAGGACCGAGCUCAGCCUCGCCUGUCGCGCGAUCGAAGAGUGUUGCAAAGCCGUCACCUGCGUCCCCUCGAGCCUGGCGGUGCCGCUCCUCUCGUUCGCGGUCUACGCGCUCGCGUUCGUCCUGGGAGCGAGCGCGUACCGUCCGCUGUCGAGCCUCGAGUCGCCGGUUUACAAAGUCGACUACGCAGACGGCGAGGGAUGCCAGUGUCCCACGGAGCUGGGCUACUCGCAGAACGCAACUUGCGACCCGCUAGCUUUCGACAGCCAGUGCCAGCGGGAGACGGGCACGCCAUGCUUAUUGUCCGGAUGCUACAUGCUCGAGAAAAGGGCGCAGAGCGUCGGCUUUCUGCACUUGGUCAACUGGCUCGGACUGGCCUGGGGCUUCCUGCUCGUCACUGGAUUCAACGACAUCGUGCUGGCCAGUGUGUUCUCCACUUGGUACUGGACCUUCGACAAAAAAAUGCUGUCGUAUUUAAGCGUGAUCGACAGCUUCUGGGCAGUGAGCACGUGUCACUUGGGGACAGUGGCACUGGGUUCGCUCGUCAUCCCGAUCUGCACGACACUGGAAACGAUCGUCAACUGCGCGAAGAGGUGUUUGAGAAAGACGACGAGACCCUGCACGGCUGUAAUGUUGCUCGGUCUGACAAGCGCGUUCGACCAGGUGGAAAAGUUCGUCCAAUUCAUCGAUCGACGAGCGUACGUAACGUGCGCCAUGCACGGAACUGACUUCUUCCAGUCGGCCAGAACGGCCCACUACCUGUGCAUGCGCAACGCGGAGAGCGUCGUCGCGGUGGUCACGGUCACCAAUUGGCUGACCUUCAUGAUCAACGCGCUGAUAGCCUGCGCGAGCACGCGAAUAGCGAGCAGCUACUACGCUUACAGAGCGGACGACGACCUGUCGCGCAGCGGCGCACCGCUGCUGCUGAUCUUCGUGGGCUCGUACGCGAUCUGCUGCAUGUUCACGCGAGUCAUCGAGAUCGCCGUGGACACCGUGUUCGUUUGCUUCCUUGAAGACAUCGAGCGCAACGACGGCACCAGCGAGAAGCCAUAUUUCACGAGCGAACGGCUCGCCAAGCUCUUUCGCAAAAAGUAACUGCCACGGCCUUCGCUACGAGUCGAGCGAAUCGUCCAAUGGUUAUAGCGCGAUGACUCCAAGCUCGCGAAAAUGUGCAUUGAUUGUUGUGAAUUACGCUGAAAUUACAUGCGUGAUAAUCUACAUGUGAACCUUGAGAUUUGUACUCGCUGUAGAUUGAUUCGUUCGUAAAACUGCUGGAUGACAAUGCUCUUGAGUCUUUGACAAU